CCUCCCCGCGGGGAGGCGGAGCCCCCGUGUCCCCCGCCCGCGGCCCGGGGCUGUGGCCGUGGCCAUAGCCAUGCUACGCGGCGCGGUGGCGGCGGGCCGGCGGUGCGGCCCCGGCCCCGGGACGGGCAAGGCGGGCGCGCCGCGGCGUUACAGCGCGGCGGAGCGGCGGCGGUGGGUGCCGCCGGCGGGGCGGGACAGCGGGAUCGUGGCUUACAACAGCCGGAGCCGGAGCAAGGAGCCGCUCGUGCUGGGCACGGAAGGAGUGGCGACCUGGUACAGCUGCGGGCCGACGGUGUACGACCGCGCACACCUCGGGCACGCCAGCUCCUAUGUUAGGUUUGAUAUAAUUCGAAGGAUAAUGACUAGGUUCUUUGGAAUUGAAGUUAUCAUGGUGAUGGGGAUCACAGACAUAGAUGACAAGAUAAUAAAAAGAGCCAAUGAGAUGAAUAUAUCGCCAUUAGCUCUUGCUCGUAUUUAUGAAGAUGACUUCAAACAAGAUAUGGCUGCCUUAAAGGUCCUUCCUCCUACAGUAUAUAUGAGAGUGACUGACAAUAUUCCUCAUAUAAUUUCCUUUAUAAAAAAAAUAAUUGCUUGCGGACAAGCUUACGCAACCUCGCAAGGCAAUGUUUAUUUUGAUGUUAAGUCUUUGGGAAAAAGAUACGGAGUGUUAACUACUAUUUGUCCUGAUACCCAGGAUGAAGCAGUUGAAUCUGAUAAACGACAUGGUAAAGAUUUUGCCCUGUGGAAGGCUGCCAAACCUCAAGAGCUAUCUUGGACUUCUCCCUGGGGAAAAGGAAGACCUGGAUGGCACAUUGAGUGUUCCACAAUAUCAAGUGCAGUGUUUGGAAAGCAGCUGGACAUCCAUACUGGUGGAAUAGAUCUUGCAUUUCCUCAUCAUGAAAAUGAAAUUGCACAGUGUGAGGUGUAUCAUCAGUGUGAGCAAUGGGGGAAUUACUUUCUGCAUUCUGGGCAUUUGCAUGUUAAAGGAAGUCAAGAAAAAAUGUCCAAAUCAUUAAAAAACUACGUAUCAAUUAAGGAUUUCCUGAAGAAAUUUUCAUCGGAUCAAUUCAGGAUGUUUUGUUUGCGCAGCAGAUACAGCUCAGCAGUAGAAUUUAGUGACGAGAGCAUGGAAGAUGCAAAGCACCUUCAUCAGGCAAUCUCAUCGUUUAUUAGAGAUGCAAAUGCUUAUAUAAAAGGACAGCUGGUAUGUGACCCUGUUAGAGAAGACAUACUGUGGGAAAGGCUAGCCAACACAAAAGUAACCGUGAAGGCUGCGUUUGCGGAUGACUUUGACACCUCCAGGGCUGUUGCAGCAAUUAUGGACCUCAUUCACCAUGGCAACAGACAGCUUAAGGCUGUUACUAAGGAUGCUGGAUCUCCUAGAAGCUCUGUUGUGUAUGGAAGCAUUAUUUCCUAUAUAGAAGGCUUUUUUAAUGCCCUUGGGAUGUCCUUUGGAGAAAGACAGGUGGCUUUGGGAGGAGACAACUCUGCUGUGCUCUCUAAUGUCAUGGAUGAGCUUGUAAAGUUCCGCGCAAAGGUCCGUCAUUACGCGCUCGCUCUGCCAGAAGCAGCAGGCACCGUGCCGUUGGAGGGGGCCACGGCAGCCAAAGGGCCGGAACAGGAACAGAAGGAAAAGAGGCAGCAGUUAAUGCAGGAGAGAAAACCGCUCCUGGAGGCUUGUGACAGUCUGCGUGGAGACCUUGCUGCCUUUGGAAUCCACAUAAAGGACAGAGCUGCUGUCUCAACCUGGGAAAUUGUGGAAGGAGGCCAAGCAGAGCAGCAGACUGAGAAAAAAAGCUGAUCCUUCAUCCUUGGACUUGUUUUUUAUUUCAGCUGCUUUGGCCACAGUUGUAAAUACUAGUACUUUCCAAAUAAAAUCUUUGGAACAGAA